AUGCCUCCUCCUCCUACCGCCGCCAUGGAAAUGCGACCUUCUACCCUUCUCCCCCCUCGUGCUGACCGUACUCUUAUACUGCGGAUCCUGCUACUCAUUUUUCUCCCCCCACUAACAUACUAUGCUAUGCCUCCCCUCCUACUCAAGCUCCUGCACCCACCGAUGUCCUACACGUCUCUUCUCGCGCCUACUAUCCUGCUCGUCGCCGUGCUGCUCGUUGCAAAACUCAUUACUCCACUUGGUCUCCCACUUGGUGCUACGUUCAGAUUUCUAUACAGCGCCUUGACCAAGCUAUGCACAUACCUAAUUGGCACGCCGCCGCACAUUCUCCUCGAAGAGCGCGGCCGGGUCGUCGAGCACCGCGUCCGAACCCUCGACCACGCCGUCAACGCGCUGCAGAUCGAAGAAACAAGUCGGAAUGCAGACCUCCGUAUCUCCCUAGCGCGCCGCCUUCUUCCACACGGCGGCCGUCUUCUUCCACACGGCGUCCGUACCAACCGCCCGACACUUGAGCACCGGCGCCUCGCCAUUGAGCUAGCAAACACACGGCAGGCGCUUGCAGACGCGCGGGAGGAGUUAUUCAGUCUGCAGGGCGUGGCGCGCGGGAUACAGACAGCGAUUACAAGGCAUGUAGUUAGGAGUGCAGUUGGAGAUGCAGGGAGACUGAUGGGGAGGUUGGAGAGGAAGGGGGAGGGGGGCGCAGGCGCUGUUGGGAAUUUCGCGGAGAGGGUAUACAGGGCAAGAGAUGGGAUUAGGGUGGCUGGGCAACAACUUGGGGUGGGAGAAGACGAAUGGAAGGAACUGCUUAGGGAUCGGUGGGACAGGAGGAGUGAGUGA